UUUUUUUUUUUUUUUAUUGUGAGCAUCAUAUUUAUAUAGCAAAGCCAAACCCUACCCAUACCAAAUGCACUAAAAGGGAAAAUAAAAAGUGAAUUAAUUUACAAAAGAGAGAAAAAAAAAAAGCCACAAAAAUAUUAAAGAAAAGAUGAUAAAUGGUUGCAAUAAGAGUGUGAAUGCUUUCUUCACCCUUUCUUCUUCUUCUUCUUCUUCAAUAUGGGAUGAAAUUUCCUUUGACGCAUUUCAUCAAACACUUGGUGUGCCUUCAUCUCCACCAAUUCCAUCUUCUUUUCAGGCCACUAAUCUUAACCAAAUCUUAAAACCGUUACAACCCAUCAAACGAGUUGACUCCAAUUUCACAAAUUCCACCCAAAAAAUUUCUGAGAAUAAAAAUAAUUACUGUCACAUCGAUCUGAUGUCGUGCACAGAAAGUUUAGGGUUAGAAAGUUCUGAUGAAAUUAUUUCAAGUUUUGACGAUCUGGGUAACUUUAAAAAUAACAGUAAAUCUCGUACAAAUGAAGAUUUCUCUUCUCCUUCGUCGCCGUUACUGUCUUCAUCGAGUAGUUGUUUGAGAAAAAAAUGGGAGGAGAAGAAAUUUCCGCCACCAAUAACAUCUUUGAGUGAGAAUGGAAGGAGGAAUUUUGUAUUAAAAUCAGAUAGAAGAGAUGGAAGAUUAGAAAUUGUUAGGGUUAUGAUUGAACGGCCAGAAAUUCUUAUAUCUUCAAGGGAGAAUGGACGGCUUAUAAUGAAUCUUGUUUCAAAUGAUGAUGAUGAUUAUGAUUGUAAUGAUGAUGAUGAUGAUGACUAUGAAUAUGAUUAUAAUGAUGAUGAUGACAAAACAGAGGAAAUUGAAGAAGAUGAAAAAAAAACAGAGGAGAGGGGAAGGAAAAUUCUGGCGUUACGAAGAUGUUUUCAUCACCAACGUCAGAUAAGUGUAUGGGGUCCACAACAGCAUAGAUUUGUGACGACUGUAUGAUCUUUUCAUAGAGAUGCGGUACAGGAUUACAUCAAAUUAUUUAAUUAUUUUUUUAUAUAGUCAAAUUCUUAGAGAUUUAUACAUUUUGAGUUUUUGAUCGCUAGUUUUGACGGUACAAUCUAGAAACUUCUUUUUUAUUAUCGUUGGGGUUUGAUCCUAUUUUCCCUUUUUACUUCUUUUUAAUGUUUUUUUGGUUUUUAGAUAUUUUUGUAUGGGUUUAGAUUUUUAAUUUAGAGGUAGCAAAAGAAAAUUUAUAUUUUUUUUAUACUAUUACGGAGUAAGCUAAAUAGAGAAGAGGAAUUAAAGAUGAAAAGUUUAUGUUGAAUUGAAUUAAAAAUUUUAUUUAAAAGUAGUAUUUUAUCUAUUUUAUUUCAAAUGUGGUAUUUGUUUUUUUUAUGUUUAUCAAUGCAUUAAUUUUGUACUU